GGCUCGGAGGCCGGGGGGCGGGGGCGGCGCGGAGCGGGCGGUGACGGCGGCGGAGGCAGCGGCUGGGCCCGGGCCCCGUGCGUCUGUCCGCGCCCGGUGGAUGUGAAUCGGCGGCAGCGGCGGAGGAGGAGUCGGUGGGCCGGCGCCCGGCCUGUGGGAGCGCGGAGGAUGAGGCCGCUGCCGGGCGCUCCUGGCGUGGCGGCGGCCGCCGCGUUGUUGCUGCUGCUGCUGCCCCGGGCUCGGUCUGACGAGCACGAACACACGUAUCAAGAUAAAGAAGAAGUUGUUUUAUGGAUGAAUACUGUUGGACCCUACCACAAUCGCCAAGAAACAUAUAAAUACUUUUCACUUCCAUUCUGCGUAGGGUCAAAAAAAAGUAUCAGUCAUUACCAUGAAACUUUGGGAGAAGCACUUCAAGGAGUUGAAUUAGAAUUUAGUGGCCUGGAUAUUAAAUUUAAAGAUGAUGUGAUGCCAGGUACUUAUUGUGAAAUUGACUUAGAUAAAGAAAAGAGAGAUGCAUUUGUGUAUGCUAUCAAGAACCACUACUGGUACCAGAUGUACAUAGAUGACUUACCAAUAUGGGGUAUUGUUGGUGAAGCAGAUGAAAAUGGGGAAGAUUACUAUCUUUGGACCUACAAAAAACUUGAAAUAGGCUUUAAUGGAAAUCGAAUUGUUGAUGUUAACCUGACCAGUGAAGGAAAGGUCAAAUUGGUUCCAAAUACUAAAAUACAGAUGUCAUAUUCAGUAAAAUGGAAAAAAUCAGAUGUAAAAUUUGAAGAUCGAUUCGACAAAUAUCUUGAUCCAUCCUUUUUUCAACAUAGGAUUCACUGGUUUUCAAUUUUCAACUCCUUCAUGAUGGUGAUCUUCUUAGUGGGUUUAGUUUCAAUGAUUUUAAUGAGAACUUUAAGAAAAGAUUAUGCCCGAUACAGUAAAGAAGAAGAAAUGGAUGACAUGGACAGAGACCUAGGAGAUGAAUAUGGAUGGAAGCAAGUGCAUGGAGAUGUGUUUAGACCGUCAAGUCACCCUCUGAUAUUUUCUUCUCUCAUUGGUUCUGGAUGUCAGAUAUUUGCUGUGUCUCUCAUUGUUAUUAUUGUUGCCAUGAUAGAGGAUUUAUAUACAGAGAGGGGAUCAAUGCUCAGUACAGCCAUAUUUGUCUAUGCUGCUACAUCUCCAGUGAACGGGUAUUUUGGGGGAAGUCUGUAUGCUAGACAAGGAGGAAGGAGAUGGAUAAAGCAGAUGUUUAUUGGGGCAUUCCUUAUUCCAGCGAUGGUGUGUGGCACUGCCUUCUUCAUCAACUUUAUAGCCAUUUACUACCAUGCCUCCAGAGCCAUUCCUUUUGGAACAAUGGUGGCCGUCUGUUGCAUCUGUUUUUUUGUCAUUCUUCCUCUAAAUCUUGUUGGUACAAUACUUGGCCGGAAUCUGUCAGGUCAGCCCAACUUCCCUUGUCGUGUCAAUGCUGUGCCUCGUCCUAUCCCGGAGAAAAAAUGGUUUAUGGAGCCGGCGGUUAUUGUUUGCCUGGGAGGAAUUUUACCUUUUGGCUCAAUCUUUAUUGAAAUGUAUUUCAUCUUCACAUCUUUCUGGGCAUAUAAGAUCUACUAUGUCUACGGCUUCAUGAUGCUGGUGCUCGUCAUCCUGUGCAUAGUGACCGUCUGCGUGACCAUCGUGUGCACGUACUUCCUGCUAAAUGCAGAGGAUUACAGGUGGCAAUGGACAAGUUUUCUUUCUGCUGCAUCAACUGCAAUCUAUGUUUACAUGUAUUCCUUUUACUACUAUUUUUUCAAAACAAAGAUGUAUGGCUUAUUUCAAACAUCAUUUUACUUUGGAUAUAUGGCGGUAUUUAGCACAGCUUUGGGGAUAAUGUGUGGAGCAAUCGGUUACAUGGGAACAAGUGCCUUUGUUCGAAAAAUCUAUACUAAUGUGAAAAUUGACUAGACACCUGAGACAACCUGGAACUUUGGAUCAGUUUCUCCUUCAUGAGGGCGGAACUUGCACAGGAAAGAAGAAUAAGCGCAAGAAGAGAUUUGGGCUGAACACUGGGUACUUCGUGGGUCUCUUUCAUGGAGGGCUUAAAGUAACAUCUGUUUCCGUUGAUCCUAGGUUCUUACUGACUGCUUUCUCCAACGGUUCACAGCAAAUGCAGUAGGCAUUACUUCAGUGCAUGGCUAAUCGUCCCCAAACUGGCUCAUUAAAGAUGGAGUAGGCCAGCUCUCUUCAGUGAAGAGGAGAAAUAAUCCAUUUAAAGCGUUUGUUUCAAUAGAAGAGCCAGAGGGAGACGUGGAUGCUAAAAUUCCAUGAGUAGAAAUCUUCCUGGCACUUGGUGUUUCUCUGUUAUUGAAAAAUGAUGUUCCAGAAAGAUUAUUUUUCUCUUAUUUUUACUGCCAUUGUUGAUCUAUUGUGGGACAUUUUUAUAUACUGAACCUGGGUUCUUUCUGACCUGCUGUUGUUCGUCCCGUCACUCAAUUGCAUCUUUUUUUUUUUUUUAAACAAAAUUAAAAACUAUUAAAUUCUGCAUGGAAUAUAUCUGCUGUCAUCUUAAUCUUAGUUGGAUCAACCUCAUUUAUUUAUCUUAAAAUUAACUAGUUAUAUCUCAGUUCCAUCCAAAGAAAAUACAGUAUGAAAAUAGAGGUGUAUUCUCUAUAAUACAAUUUACUGUACAGUUAGAAAGCAAAGUGUUAAAUGGAGAAGAUACUUGUUUUUAUUAAACAUUUGGAGAUUUAGAUAAAUUCCAUUUUAACUGAAUGUCUAAAGUGAUUAUCUUUCCCUCCCUCCCCCUAAGUUAGUCUUACAUCUUUUUCUUUGGGUUUCAAUGAAGGCUUUACAUAAGAAAUUAUUAAAAAAAAAAAUAAGGGGGCAUACAUAAGUGUAUAUACCAUUAAUAAUGUCGUGUAGGUGUAGGCUUGUGGACGCAUUUGGAUGUACAGAUGACUGGAGACUUCUUUGGGAUGAUGAUUGCUGUAGAAAUGUGUGGGUUUGGGUGGCUUCUUACAUCUUGCCUACCAUUGCAUGAAACAUUGGGGUUUCUUCAAAAUGUGUGUGUCAUACUUCUUUUGGGAGGGGGUUGUUUUCUUCUUUUAUGAAACUCCUACUGGAGCUAAAUUUGUAAUUUAGAAACAUUUAAUUUUGUUAAUCCUGUCUGGGACAUUUAAGUAACAUCUAAAGCAUUAUUGCUUUAGAAUGUUCAAAUAAAAUUUCCUGACCAAAUUGUUUUGUGACAGUAGAUGUGUGUAUAAUUUGGAGGUACCUGCUCAAAAGGCAAUAUUAUAGAAUGCCAUUACUAGUUUUUGAUACACUAUAAAGUAUGCUUUUCAAAUACAGAGGACCCACACUUUAAGUCCCCAAACACAGAGCCAGGUAUGGUAGUUUAUGGCUAUAAUCCCAGCUCCAGGGAAGCUAAGACAGAAGAUUGUAAUGAAUUUAAGGACUGGGAUACAGAGUAAGUCAUAGGCCACUCUGUGAGUUAUGUGCUACGUUGUAAGACCAUUCCAAAAAAAGAAGAAGAAGCAGCAAGUCCAGAAGCCUGUCUGUGGAUAGUUACAGAUAAACUAUGAUUGAUAAACCCUUUAUAUGAGAUUGUGACAUACAAAUCUAAACAUUGAUUAGAUUGCUGUGCCACAUGUAAUAGAAGGGAAUAUGAUAACAAUGUUAGCUCAUUCAGUGGCUGAACAAAUGAAGGCUAGGGAAAUCUCAAAUUAUUUUAAUUUGCACAAAAAUGUCUGGAUCUGCUCAUAUUGUGAACUUUUCCUAGAACUAUUGAGUUUCUGAUUCAGUAUUUUGCUCUGCAGAUACCCAAAUCUAUACUGUAUAUUGGUGGUUUUAGAAAGACUCAAAUCAUCUGUAUUAAACUUUAACAAAACUCAUGCAUCUGUAGUUAUAUGAGAAAUUUUUUAAAUCAAUGGACUCCGUGUUUUGAACUGAGGCAUGUGACAUCUUUAGGGAGUUUGGAUUCUUAACCCUAAGUGAUGAACUGUGGUCAGUCAUCCUCAAGCCAGAAUCUCAGGUUCAGUGUCACCUACUAAUUGUUAACAUUUCAUCUUUUUCACCUGCCCUACGAUCUUAAACUAAAAGGCUGUAUUUGUUUAUAUCAUGUAACUUUUAAACAUAUAAAGUAUUUUUAAUAUAAGAACACUUAGUCUGCCUGGCUUACACAAAGCCUUGGUUUGAUCCCCCACACUGUGUAAACUGGGUGUGAUAGGACAUAUUUGCAGUCACAGCAUUCAGCAGGUAGAGGCAGAAGUACAGUUAUCCUCAGCUUCAGAGUGAGUUCAGCACUACCCUGUGCUAAAUGACGCUCUAUCACUCUAUCUUUAAAAUGUUUGUAAAACACUUUUUGUCUGAUGGACUAUAUAUAACUAGAUAGUAAAUUUUUGUCUUAAAAUAUUUUUUUCUCAUAAUCUUGCAGGUAAUAUGUAGUGUUUUCAGAGAACAUGGCUGUUUCGGGUGCACCUAUUUUUUCUGCUAGGUUGAGCUCUGGAGUUCUUUGAAGUCUACAAUGAAAAGUAAUUUUCAAAUAUUUUAAAUACAUUAAAAUGAAUAUAAAUUACUUUGAAAGAUCAUUUACAUGUAUUGAUUGGUUUAUAACUUCAAUCAAGAGGUCCAAUAUAAAUGUAUAUAUUGAAAAAGAUAUAGAUCACAGGUGGCUUAGUUCUCCCUAGUUCUUAGUUAUUAGAAUCAUUCAAACAAUAUCUAAGUUAAUUGGAAGGGAAGCUUUUGUACUCCAUUAAUGUUGUAUAUUUAAUUUACUAACACCUGCUUAGUUUGUCUGCUGACACUUUGAAUACUAUCAAAAACUAAGAAUAUACUUUGUAUCUUUAAGCAUGUUUCCUGAAAAUUAACUACAUUAGAAAUUGACAUCCUAUACUGGUCUCCAAGUACAACAGUGGAACUGACCUGGCUAGAGGGACCUCAAGUGUGCUAGUUUAUUUUCUAGGCUCCCAGACUGUGUUGGUUUGCAGAGAAACCCCAUGCCCUUAGAAUCAUUGUCUUGUACUAUCUGAACCUCAUGGCUGGGAUGCUUUGGUGUUUCCCGCUGGUGGUGGGUCACCCUUUUUCUAAAGGUGGUUGCCGCAAAUUCCAGUUCUUCCAAAACCACUUGAUUUAAGGGUUUAUCCACAAAUUGUGCUCAUUUUGAUAAAGCAUUUGUUUCCUAAAUGUCUACUAAUCACUUUAUGCCAAAUGUCUUGCAGAUGUUAUUUUUAAACUUCCUGAAUUUUUACAAAUGUAAAAAGGAAAAAGUGUAUUAGUGUAAUUUGUUCAGGAGUAGCUACAUACUGAAGGGCUUCUAUACAUGAGUUCUAGGGGCAAAAGCCUUAUGUAGAAACACCGUAGUUCCAUCUGGGAUUUAAUUUAGAUUUCAGCAUUUCUUAGUGCUUCAUUCUAUUGGUUUAUUGGAAAAUGCAAUAGGAGUAUUAUUGAUUUACAGAAGCACCGAUGUUCAUGUUUUCUAUCAUAUAAAAUUCUGUAGUUAAGCUAUAUUUUAGCAGUCAAGGCAUUAAAAGAGAUCAGAGGAGUGGAAAUGUAGGAGGAUUGUUUGAAAGUGUACUUAGUACUAGCCUCGUUUUAUAGAAAAGGAAGAACAGAAGGGUGGCACACACUUGAAGCCAUUCUGUAUGGUUUACAGUCCAGGUGAGGGGAAGUGCUAGUCCUUUCCAGCGAGCAUGCCUGAAGGUUUCCUGAAUUAGCAUUCCUACUGGAGCCACAUGUGUGAAGUGUGCAAAGGUAAAAAAUUACUUCACAGUUGCUGUAAAAGAAGCUGAAAAUGAAGUCCUGGUGGACUAGGCAAGGCACAGUUUGUGCUUGCCCUCACCUCGUCAGUUUAGGCUAUUUGGAGGUUAUAAAUGCUGUAAGAGCUAACUGUAAGGAGGAAAGGGGUUGUCUGAAGGACAGCAGAGUUUUCUAUAAAAGCAUCAUUGGGCUUCUCAUCUUGUUCACCUUGAGCCUGCAGAUCCCCACGAGCAUGACAGUCAAAAGGUGGGAAGACACGGUGAUUGCACAUAUCACUUCCAUUUUGUGUAUGCUCUGGGUUUGUGUAGGCUGUAUUCCAACUGGCUUUUUAGUAAUAGAAAUCCAGUAUAUAAUGUAUCAGAUACAAUUGAGGUUCUAAUCUAGUCUGUUAAUUUAUCUGAAGUUGGAUUUUUAAAAAAGUAAUAAAAAAUUAAAUGUA